GACACGCCACAAGGGUACCGUAUAAAAAUGGUGGGACCCAGAGCACUUCAGCUCCAAUCGCUCUAUGUUUAGGAUUGUCUCUCGUUCACGAUGGAUUUCCUUCAUAGGAAUGGAGUGCUCAUUAUUCAGCAUUUGCAGAAGGACUACCGAGCUUAUUACAAUUAUCUAAAUUUUAUGUCCAAUGUUGGAGACCCCCGGAAUAUCUUUUCUAUUUAUUUUCCACUUUGGUUUCAACUUAAUCAGACAGUUGGAACUAAGAUGAUAUGGGUAGCAGUCAUUGGGGAUUGGUUCAAUCUUAUUUUUAAAUGGAUAUUGUUUGGUCAUCGGCCUUACUGGUGGAUCCAAGAAACUCAAAUUUACCCAAAUCGCUCAAGUCCAUGCCUUGAACAGUUUCCCACUACAUGCGAAACAGGUCCAGGAAGUCCAUCUGGUCAUGCGAUGGGCUCUUCAUGUGUCUGGUAUGUCAUGGUAACGGCUGCCCUGAGCUACACUGUCAGUCGAAUGGAUAAGUCAUCUACCACUCUGCACAGACUGACCUGGUCAUUUCUUUGGAGUCUUUUUUGGUUGAUUCAAAUCAGUGUCUGCAUCUCCAGAGUAUUCAUAGCAACACAUUUUCCUCAUCAAGUUAUUCUUGGAGUAAUUGGUGGCAUGCUUGUGGCAGAGGCCUUUGAACACACUCCAGGCAUCCAAACGGCCAGCCUGAGCACAUACCUGAAGACCAACCUCUUCCUCUUCCUGUUUGCUCUUGGCUUUUACUUGUUUCUCAGACUGCUUGACAUUGACCUGCUGUGGUCCGUGCCCAUAGCCAAGAAGUGGUGUGCCAACCCCGACUGGAUCCACAUUGACACCACGCCUUUUGCUGGACUCGUGAGAAACCUCGGGGUCCUCUUUGGCUUGGGCUUUGCAAUCAACUCAGAGAUGUUCUUCAGGAGCUGCCGAGGGGAAAAUGGCUACAAGCGGAGCUUCCGGCUGCUCUGUGUCGUGGCCUCGUUGACCACACUCCAGCUCUACCAUUUCAUCAAGAUCCCCACUCACGCAGAGCAUUUAUUUUAUGUGCUCUCAUUCUGUAAAAGUGCAUCCAUCCCAAUGACUGUGGUUGCUCUGAUUCCCUAUUGUAUCCAUGUGCUGAUGCAACCAAGCGAAAAGAAGAUGAACUAGAGCUGUGCAGAGUUAGCGCUCUGUCGGCCCAGGAGGCUCCUCCUCUUCUGUCCUGCAGUGGAACCACAGAGCGGGGGCAGACUGGGGGCUUUCAACCCAGGGCCACACAAGGGCACCCACAGGCCUCCUCCCACCCUCACGUAUUUUUAGGUUGGCCUUCGCAGUGCUUGCUCUCUCUCUCUUUAGUUGUCAACAUUUAAAAACCAGGCUACUUGAUAUAGAAAUCUGAAUUUCUGUUAGUUUCUGGAAAAAUCUGAUGCUAUGGCAAUAGAGAACCUGGAUUCCCAGCGGGAUACAGAUUGUCCCCAAGGGGAGGCAGGCACUAUCCAUCACAGUCUGCAGCGUCCCCACAGGAGCCAGUGUCGAUACCUUUCUCACCUUCAGAUGCUUCUGGCUCUUGGGGGCUCUUCAGUGACAGCCGAAUCUAACCCCUCAGUUUUCAGAUAAGGUCCUGGAGGCUCAGUCAGGUAAAAGAACUCACUGUUGUCCCACUACCAUCAGAGCAGGAAUUAGAACCCAAGUCUUCUGACAAAUAUUUGCAUUACACUAUGUUUUGUUUAUUCAUUUUCAAUAGGUAAUACUUUGUAAGAUGUUAUGUAGGUUCUACAACAAUUACUAUGUAUAUCAGCUAUUUUUCCAAAAAUAACAUUAAAAUGCCACGUCCUGUUUGAUGUAAACCAUGCACGCAGGGCUUCGAGGGGGCCAGCGAUGGCUCUAGGUGUGGAUACAUAUCCAAGGGAAAGGAAACAGGCCAGGCCACUGUAGACUUGAAUUUCUGCACAACUCUUGGUCUCUGUUUUACGGAAGUGAUUUCUAAUAUUUCAAUAAAUGCUGCUGAAAAUA